UCCGCCUAAUUUUCAAACUUCAAUAGUCGCGAGCAAGGCAAUAGAAAUAUAUCGAUAACUUCAGCCACUCUGUGCCACCUCCAUUUUUGUGUCAGCUGAUUUGAACAUUGCAAAACAGCUGUCAAACAAGUGCAAAAAUAAUGGACACCAAAAAAAUAUAAUAAAAAUUUAAAGUUUCAAGUUACGCUUCAUUUAUUAUACAAUCAAUUUAAGUUGUUAAUCGUAAUAUUCUAAUUCUAAUGAUAUGUACUGAUAUUGGCUCGACUUCACAUAACUUGGCAACUCUUCGGCGAAAAACAAUUGCACAAGCAAAAGAAAAACAAAAAAUUCCGACGUGAAAGCGAUAUAAAUUAAAGAACAAACAUGCAACGCUUGAGAUUUUUAAUGCAACAUGCUGCAACAUCAAUGACGCAGCAACAAAAUCUGCGUCCUUUGUCAAUACACUGGAAUUUGGCCCAAAACCAAAAGCCGGCUGGUGGAAAUGUCGGAGUUCCCAAAACCAAAGACACCCGGAAUCCCAAGGCACCGACACAGAAGAUAACCCUCAUUCAGCAAAACCAAUCCAUGAGCAUAACCACCUUAGAGGAGGCCCAGAAGUUGGCAAAAAGGAGGGAACUGCACCUGUUGCGUUUGGAACAAAGCGACGCCAAAACCGGAAGACCCAUGUUUAAACUUGUAACCUCCGCAGAAAUGUUGUCGGAUGAUUCGGAUCAAUCAAAGUCCUCCAACGAAAAGGGCAAGGAGAAGAAGUCAGAGAAAUCCCUAACCAUUGGCGCACGAAUCACGGAACAUGACCUUUCCUCUAGGCUCAAGAACAUUUCCAAGUGGCUGGCCAAGCGACACGAAGUGCGCAUUCUAAUCCAGGGAAAUGCCAGCGGAUCGGACGAAAGCAGUGCCGAGCGCAUAGUAAAGGCAAUCGAACUGGCCAUUAAAGAGCCCCAAGUAAUUGGAAGAAUAGUGCAGAAGCGCAGUAAAGGGGCAUUCGUCAAGUUUAGCAUUCUGCCAGUGACUCCGAACCCAACGACUACAGCUAGUCCCAAUACAACUCAGUCGUGACAACUACCGCCAUUGCCUCGGAUGCGCCAAUAUACGGUAAUGGCUCACCCACAUAAUUUCGUAUAUAGCAUGACUUCCCGCCAUUUUUCUUCGAGGAACAAAAACGAAAUUGAAGAAACCGUUCAUUUGGACAUAGCAUCCGCUUUCACCUGUGUGGCGCUGUUCCUCUUAUUUCUCUUCAAAUAUUUCUACUGGCAUCAGCAUUUGAUAAAACUUUUGGAGGAGCAGGAAAAAGCUGACCACCAUGAUAAUAAGAAGCACAAAAAACACGAUUAGUGAUUAUUUAUCCUCUUUCAACUGUUGUUAUUUAGCUUCAGUGUUUAAAAUCUAUGUACAUAAAUAACACACAAUUAAAAUACAUAUUAAUUGGCAUUUUUCAAUUUAGGUGAGAUUAAAACUCAGGGUUCUUGUUCGGAUCAUGAUUUAUUUCGUAUAUAUGAACGGACUUGUAUGGUGCUAUGUUUCUUUUUGUAUUUCAUUUUAAGAUAUUUUUAUUAAUAUUUGUAUACAUACUUUAAGCACACGCAGACAAUAAAUUAUUACACAUUUUUCGGUUUAUUAUUUAAACCUAAUUUAAGUUAAUUUUAAAA